UGGAUUGUCUUGUUCGCAUCAAAGCAAAGAACUGUGAGGCCAGUAAACAUGGCUCGCAGGGUUCAACUUCUCGCGCUGCUGCUUUUGUGCGCCCUGUCUCUAGCUUAUGCCGCUAAGAAGUCCAAAGACGUAAAGGAGCUGCAGAUCGGUGUUAAGUUCAAGCCUGAGAAAUGUGAGCGGACGACACGCAAUGGAGACACCGUGCACGUGCAUUAUACGGGCACCCUGACUGACGGCACCAAGUUCGACAGCUCCGUGGACAGGGGAACACCCUUCGUUUUCACGCUGGGCGAGGGACGGGUCAUCAAGGGUUGGGACCAGGGCCUCCUGGGCAUGUGCAUUGGCGAGAAGCGCAAGUUGAAGAUCCCCAGCCACCUGGGCUACGGAGACAGCGGCUCGCCACCAAAAAUCCCCGGCGGUGCCACCCUCAUCUUUGAUGUCGAGCUCAUGAAGGUCGGCUCGUAAGCGGUGGAUGAGGGAGGAGCGGUGGUGGAUGUGGGAGAAGGAAGCAAAGCACAUGCCAGCUCGGCAGCAACAGCAGCAGCGGCGGCAGUAGCAUCAGCCCUCCACAAGAGGCAGGACGGCGGAAACAGCAGCGGCGGCAGUAGCUGUGCACAUAUCUGGUCGACUAGUGGCCGCAGCCCGACGCGACGCGAUGUUACAGAUGGCAUGCUGGACUUCCACUCCGCCCCUCGGCAACAGCCCUUGGCAUGCAUGCAGUGGGCGGCGGUAGUAGAUGUGGGCGGCGACCAUGUGGGGCUUAUCCAUGGGCGGCAAUAGUCCCGUGAUAUGCCCGUAUGUACGACAGGUGUAUUCCACAACAAACGAUGUGGUUGGGCGUGCUGUGCUCCCUCGAGGUUGUUGCGUUUACGUCUGCAUCGCUGCCUAACAAUGACAGACGCCGCUUGGUGUUGGCGCUGCUGUCUGGGGGGGGGGCCGCUAUGAGAAGGGAAUGAUGAAGGGCAUCGUCCUCGUUUCUCUAUUUCCCUGUUCCCCGUCCGUCCGUGAACCCGUCCAUCCAGUCGCCCGUCGAGGGGCGGAUGUAGGAUUAAGGGGGGGAAGUCGCGUCCGCUGUGGUGCUGCGCGUUUUGUGCUGAAGGGUCUCGGAGCCGAAUGGUAUCGGAGCUGGUACUUACAGGUGCAGAUGUCUGCAGUGGGGUGGGGAUGGGGGGCAAGUGGAUAGUGCUACUAUUACUAUUAUCGGGCGCCUUGCAGGACAAUUAUUCCGGACCCAGUCGGUGCUGUCGCCGCAGCCGCCGCCCAUCCCACGCUGCUCUGUGCUAUUGCUGCUGCUGUAGGGUGCGAUAAAAGAAGGGCAAUCCGUCAUAUCUGAAAGGUCUGUAAUGAAAUAUGAAUC